AUGUUGAACAAACGUGAACAUAUACGUGUAGCCAAAGGGAAGUCUAAAACGAUUAUUUGUUCGAUAUUUGAGAAGGUUGGGACUUUCGCCGUUGCAUUCCUGAUAAUUACGGGGUCUUCAUGCCUUAUUUUCUACACAGACGGUUACUUUGUAAGUGAAGUGGUAAAGACUAGAGGAAAUCAAAGCAAAGGGACAGUAGAAAAUAUUACAAAUGCGCAAAGCCCAGACAAAGAAGCGAUAUACUUCAGUGCAACAAUUAACUAUCCACCAACUGCAUCUUUGAUAGUGGCCAUUGCUAUAUCCUUCCUGAUAAGCCUAGUUGUAGCGAUAUCUGAACGGGCACGUUGCGUCGCCCUUUUGUCCCUCCCAGGUAUGGUCUUCUAUCUUGGAAGACUCAUUCUGUUCAUUCUUAUAAUACAGUCACUGUAUGCUGGUCCUAUUACGAAUUCAUGGAACAAUGCAAAACUGAUUCUAGGAAUGAUACCCUGUCAAGUCGAAAUGUUCAGUCGGGAAAUGAUGGCUAUGCAGUCAGCAUCUGGUGGUGCAUACAACAAGGAGUUUGAAGACGCUGUGAAAAGAAUGACCGCUAUUAAUAUUGAGACCGUUAAGAAAAUCAUUGAUGUUCCCAAACAAACACUUAAGAUGUUGUUAUCUGCGUUAAAGCAUGUAAUUCUCGAUAUCAGUGGCGUUAAUGCUAGUAUAACCGUGAAUAAUGUGACACUCUCUAUACACGAUGUUGAAGAUUACGAAAAUGACGUUAAUACGAUACGGCACAUUGAACACCCCUCUGUUAAAGGAACUGACAGCCUUUUUAUUAUUGGUGCCAAAGUGAAUGCUCUGUUUGUUGAUACAACAAAUUCCAUCCAACAACUUCUAUCCUAUAUGCUUUGGAUCGUGGCCUUUGCAAUAGCCAUACGUGUGGUUCUCUCGGCGCGUAAUUUCUUAUAUCGUUAUUUACGCUAUUGUGACAAUAACAUCUUUUUUACAUUCGAGGAGUUCAAAAGAUUGGACGAGGAAAACAAGAGUAAAUUACUCCCGUUAAGGGGACAAGAGCGAUCUCAGUUGAUCGAUUCUAAGUCAUGGUGGCAAAGGUGUCCGUCAUGUUCUGAGCUCCUAGUGAUCCUUUGGGAAGUAUUUCACUUAUUCAUUCCGACAUUUUUAGCGAUGGUUGUGCUGUUUUGUGUAUUUGAUGGUUUACUUUACCAUACAAUGCAAGUUCUACAAAGGGAAGCCAGUGUGAGCGUAGUGAUUGGCGGAGGCAGUGGUUUCCAAGUUGCCUUUAACAAUACAAGUCCACGCAUCAGGCAGGUGUAUCACUUGUUUCCAAGUAACUCGACCAGCUUUAACUACUCGUUUGAAGUCAACACGGAGGGCUGCUUACCCAGUCCUUUACCUCCAUUCUACCAGGACUUGACUAAACUUGCUGGAUGCUUAAUCGGUAUGUGUGGGGGGAUUGUGUUCCUGACAUUUCUGAAUCCGUACGCGUAUGGUCGCAAGAUUCAGCACAAGAUCGCAGCAAUGUUUUACCCAAAACGGGAAAAAGAACGCAUUUUAUUACUUUACCGUUACUUGUUGAUUCAACGAGAGAUAUGUGAUGAAUACGAUGUAACAGUUUCACUUUGUGAAGGUGAUAUGGCGAACAACCAGGAAACUGAAGGCAAGGGGAAAUCAAAUGCAUGUAUUUGUACUACGUUGAAGAGGCUUGGGAUUCUUGGGGUUGCAUUCCUUAUAAUUAUGGGGGUUGUGUGCCUUAUUUUCUACACAGACGGUUACUUUGUAAGUGAAGAGGUAAAGACUGGAGGAAAUCAAAGCGAAGGGACAGUAGAAAAUAUUACAAAUGCGCAAAGCCCAGACAAAGAAGCGAUAUACUUCAGUGCAACAAUUAACUAUCCACCAACUGCAUCUAUGAUAGUUGCCAUUGUUACAUCAUUCCUGAUAAGCCUAGCUGUAGCGAUAUCUGGACGUGUCAUUCAAAACCAAUAA